CUGUCGGUCAUUGCCUUGGCAAGCAGACACGAAUACCCGAUCCGGCUGAGGAGGAAAGAGACUAAAAGCCGGUUGCACAUUUUGGAGUCGCAUAUUAGACGCUUCUAUAAUCUUUUUGAACUUCGACCCCAGGCAACAAUCUCAGUGUAUCUCAGGCUCUGCCUGACCCUUCAUCCUUCAGUCCCCUUCAGCUUCUCAGCAGACGUGGAUCUGAACAUGGACCUCAGUGCCGUUCUCUUGUUUCCAGUACAUGCAGUAGUGUGGCUCUACUCCCUCUUGAGCUUUCUGCCAUGGUACUUUCUGACAGGAGCCCAGGAAAAGAAAACCUUGGCAAAAAGACUCAAAUCUAAGUCAACCAGCGAUCAACCGGAUGGACCGUAUCGCUCCACGGAUCGCUUCGAGUCCCUGGUCACAGUGGACUUCCCUGGAAAAGACACCCUUGAUAAGCUGUUUGACUAUGCAGUGGAGCGUUUUGGAAAAUUAGACUGCCUCGGAACCCGAGAAGUUCUGAGUGAAGACAAUGAGACUCAGCCGACUGGAAAAGUCUUCAAAAAGUUGAUUCUUGGUCAAUAUAAAUGGAAGUCUUAUGAGGAGUUGGACAUUGAAGUCAGUCAUAUUGGGAGCGGACUGGCAGCACUAGGACAACAGCCAAAAAGCACCAUCGCCAUUUUCUGUGAGACGCGGGCUGAAUGGAUGAUCACCGCUCAGGCCUGCUUCAGACGCAACUUCCCCUUGGUCACCUUUUAUGCGACUCUAGGAGAAGAUGCAGUGGCUUACGGAUUGAAUGAGUCUGGAGUUACACACCUGGUCACCAGUAUAGAAUUGCUGGAAACAAAAUUAAAGAGUGUUCUUCCUCAAAUCCCCAAUCUAAAGCACAUCAUCUACGUGGACAAGAAGAGCAUGAACACAGCAGGAUUUCCACAGGGUAUCCAGAUCCACAGCAUGCACUCAGUUGAAGAGCUGGGAGCCAAGCCAGAAAACUUGAAUAGACCAAUAGUAAAGCCCGUCCCAUCAGAUCUUGCUGUUAUCAUGUACACCAGUGGCUCCACCGGGAGACCUAAAGGGGUGAUGAUCAUCCACAGUAACCUGAUUGGAGGCAUGGCAGGCCAGUGUGAGAGGAUACCUGGAUUGGGACCAAAGGAUACAUAUAUUGCUUAUCUUCCUCUUGCUCAUGUGCUGGAAAUGACGGCUGAAAUCUCAUGUGUGACGUACGGCUGCAGAAUCGGCUAUUCUUCACCACAAACCCUGUCUGAUCAGUCAACCAAAAUUAAAAAGGGAAGUAAAGGGGACUGCAGCGUACUGAAACCUUCUCUAAUGGCUGCUGUACCUGAAAUAAUGGACCGCAUCAAUAAAAACGUCAUGAGUAAAGUGCAAGAGAUGAGCUGUGCGCAGAGAACCUUGUUCAAGCUGGCCUACGACUAUAAGCUCGAGCAGAUCAAGAAGGGUUACGAUGCGCCGCUCUGCAAUAUUUUGUUUAAGAAAGUCCGAGCUCUGCUGGGUGGAAAUGUGCGCAUGAUGCUGUCUGGAGGAGCUCCUCUGUCUCCUGCUACUCAGCGCUUCAUGAACAUCUGUUUCUGCUGUCCUGUUGGUCAGGGAUAUGGUUUAACUGAGACCUGUGGAGCAGGCACUAUAACCGAAGUUGCAGACUACAGCACAGGACGAGUAGGAGCUCCUCUGAUCUGCUGCGAGGUCAAACUCAAAGACUGGGCAGAAGGUGGUUAUACAAAGCGUGACAAGCCUCAUCCGCGUGGCGAGAUCCUCAUCGGUGGUCCUAAUGUGACUAUGGGCUACUACAGGACUGAAGGCUGUAAUAAUGACGACUUCUUUGUCGAUCAGAAUGGCCAGCGGUGGUUCUGCACUGGCGAUAUUGGAGAGAUGCAUGCUGACGGCUGUCUACAGAUAGUUGAUCGCAAGAAGGACCUUGUAAAACUUCAAGCGGGAGAGUACGUCUCUUUGGGCAAAGUUGAGUCAGCGCUGAAGAACUGCUCUUUCGUUGACAACAUCUGCGCUUACGCAAACAGUGACCAGAACUAUGUUAUCAGCUUCAUUGUUCCUAAUCAGAAGAAACUGACAGCUCUAGCCAAUCAGAAAGGCAUUGAAGGCACGUGGGAAGAUAUCUGUAACCACCCAGUAAUGGAAAGGGAAGUUCUGAGAGAAAUUAAAGAAGUCGCAAAUUCAAUUAAACUCCAGCGCUUCGAGAUACCAGUUAUGGUCCAUUUGAGUCCAGAGCCGUGGACCCCUGAAACCGGCCUGGUGACGGACGCAUUCAAACUGAAGAGGAAGGAAAUAAAGAACCACUAUCUCAACGACAUCGAAAGAAUGUAUGGCCACAAGUAGUACCUCUAUAACAGCAGCCAAAGACAUCAUCAGCUCCUCGCCAUGCAACACUGCUGUAUAUCAAUAAAUGUAAAAAAAAAA